AUGGAUGAUUCGAGAGUGGCAAAGUGCACCUAUGGUGGUGGAACUUUAAUGCUUAUUUUGUCUUCAACUACUACUUUUGAUUGGCUGUCCAACGAGUUGUGUAGUAGGUUCAAGCUGAAGUUAGGUCAUUUUGAGUUGAGGUACUCUUAUACGGAUUGCUCCAAUUGUUUAUUGGAAUUGGAUGAUGAUUUGAAAAUCAUGUUUAUGGUAUGUGGACUGACGAAGGAUCAAUUAAUUCACAUUGCUGUUAGGGAUAAGGCUGUAGUGAAUUAUGUUCAAACUGUUAAUACGAACAUAAUUGCUUCUCCUUUUUUGUUGGAGGCUGUUCCUAACAAUUACAGUUUUGCAGAAGAUGAGGAUACAUGUAAAUAUUCAAUUCAAACUGGUAGUAUUGUUGAUUCAAAUGCAGCUUCUUCUUCUUCUUUGAGUAUGGAUUUUGAUGGUAUUAGCAGUGAGUAUGGAAAUGAAUAUUUAGGCAAAUAUGGUAGUUGUGGAGGUCGUAAGUAUUUGUCUACUGAUUGGGAGGGUUAUAUUACUCAUGAGGGUCAGAAGUUUGAGGGUGGAGUUUGUGAAUUCCGUGAUAAGUUGGCUAAGUACUCGAUUGAGAAUGGUUUUAAGAUGAAAUAUUUGAAAAAUGAGCCUCGUCGUGUUACUGCUGUGUGUGCUAAGAAGGAAUCAAAUGGCUGUGAGUGGCAUGUGCAUGCUGUUAAGUCGAAUGUAAAUGGAUUUUUUUAUAUUAAGAACUUAAAUAAUGCACACAGUUGCAGUGGUUUGAUCCGUGAGAAGAGAAAUAAGGCAAUGGGGUCUCGUUUGGUGUCUUCAAUUGUCAAAGAUAAGGUUCGUAGCAAUCCUUUGGUAAGGCCUAUUGAGCUGAUUACUGAUUUGAAGGAGAAUUAUGGAUUGGAUAUCCCUUAUCAUGUUGCGUGGUAUGGGAAGGAGUCGGCUACUAAGGAUUUGCAUGGUGAUGAGGAGUUGUCUUAUGCUCACCUGCCUUGGUAUGUGAAUGUUUUGAAGGCCAGCAAUGUCGGAUCUCAUUGUGUGCUUGACUGUGGCGAGGAUGGUUCUCGUUUCCAGCGGAUCUUUAUAUGUUUUAAGGCCUCCAUUGAUGGUUUUCGGUGGUGUAGGCCUAUGCUGUUCAUUGAUGGUACUUUCGUCACAAACAAGUACAAGGGUACUCUUCUAGGAGCUACUGCAAAGAAUGGAAAUAAAGAAGUAUUCCCUUUUGCCUUUGCGAUUGUAUCUGGUGAAACUGUGGAUAAUUGGAGGUGGUUUCUGCAAAGGAUAUCUGAAGUCUUGGUUGAUGAAGGUAGGCAACUUACAUUCAUUUCUGAUAGGCAUGGUGCUAUUAUCGAUGCUUUGUUGUAUGCACCGACUGUUGAGGAAUAUCAAGAUACGUUGAAAAAAUUAAGAGAUGAUGGCGGUUCAAAAAUAAUUGAUAAGUUUUUGGCUGAUCUCCCUGUCCAAAAUUUUGCUAAUGCAUUUUUUCCGGGAAAGAGGUAUGGGGAGGUUAGUAAUGCCUUGUCCGAGUCGUUUAAUUCAUGGAUUAAGGAUGUGCGUAGGCUUCCAAUUUAUGAGAUGAUUGACACUGUUAGGAUCAAAAUGAUGGAGAUGAUUUCUAGGAGGAAGCUUGCAUCCGAGAAAUGGAGUAGUGUUUUGUGUCCUGUUAUUGAGGAUGAGUUGAAGAAUUUAGCUGCAAAGGGUCGUCAUUGGAGGAUAUGUCGCGCGAGUGAAUCUGUUUUUGAAGUUCAUGCUGAUUUGAGUGUUAUGGUCAAUUUGGACGAGAGGUUUUGCUCCUGUUAUCAGUGGCAAUUGCUUGGGUUUCCGUGUCAGCAUGCGAUUCAAGUUAUCCAACAUUCCGGGUUAUGUUUGUACAACUUUGUGGAUGAGUAUUACAAGGCAGACUUUUAUAAGGCUACUUAUGCAACCCUUAUAUUUCCCAUACCUGAUAUUGAGAAGCCUCCUCCUGCAGAUGUUUUUCUUCUACCUCCUCAUACAAGAAAGCCUCCGGGACGACCUCCGACAAAGCGCUUCAAGUCAAGCAGUGAAACUAAAAGGCAGGUGAAGUGCAAGAGAUGCGGUUCUUGUGAUCGUCAUAAUAGGAGGACUUGCAAGGUUCCUAUUUGA